AUCAUGAGUGAUACACAGAGACACUUGGGUGGUCCUCAGAAACACUGAUGCAGCAUCUGAGGGGAGGGCUGGUCUAACAAGUGUUGUCACUUUUGACUUGGAGUGUUUGCUGUUUGGAAGUUCGUCCUCAGUGCAGGUCAACGGAAUAGCUUGAGCGUCAUGGCUGCCUUCCUUCACCACUGCCCCUUCCUUAAGUCGGCCACCAAGCCAGCUCUGAGGAGAACAGGCGCUUCUCUGAUGUCUCUAGCCGAUCAAUGUCCAAUCAUCGCUCGCCAGAUCAGCAUCGGCGGCGCCUCCUCUCUGCAGGCUCAGCUGGACGACUCCACCAUCGACGGCCCCAAAGGGGCCACAAUGGACCAGAGGAGGAGCUUCGCCCAGACGGCGACACAGGUGGCCGUGACGGCAUCCAAAGGCUGUCCGUUUGUCAGCUCUCAGAUCGGGGUGGUGGAGGCCAGCCGUGAAGUUCAGGAGGAUGUGCAAGGAGGUGUCAUGUCGUCUCUGCUGAAAGGACUGAAGCAGUCCAUUCUUCCGAGUCUGGUCCCGGCCAGCCCCGUCACCCACCUGCUCAAAGACAACAUGGUUGGCCCCAGCUACGACUACGACCGCUUCUUCGUCGAGAAAAUCGCUGAGAAAAAGAUGGAUCACACCUACCGAGUCUUCAAGACGGUCAACCGCUACGCUGGAAAGUUCCCUUUUGCUGAGGACUACUCCGUCUCUGAGCGUGAGGGCAGUCAAGUGUCUGUGUGGUGCAGCAACGACUAUCUGGGGAUGAGCAGACACCCGCGGGUCCUCGACGCCGUCAGCGAGGCCCUCAGCAGACACGGUGCAGGAGCCGGAGGCACCAGGAACAUCUCCGGCACCAGUAACUACCACGUGUCCCUGGAGAAAGAGUUGGCUCAGCUGCACCAGAAAGACGCUGCUCUGGUUUUCUCUUCCUGCUACGUAGCUAAUGACUCCACUCUGUUCACCCUGGCUAAGAUGCUGCCAGGAUGUGAGAUCUACUCUGACGCGGGGAACCACGCGUCUAUGAUCCAAGGAAUCAGGAACAGCGGCGCCAAGCGCUUCAUUUUCCGCCACAAUGACAGCAGGCAUCUGGAGGAGCUGCUGCAGCGCUCCGACCCCAAGACACCCAAAAUUGUGGCGUUCGAGACAGUGCACUCCAUGGACGGCGGCAUCUGUCCUCUGGAGGAGAUGUGCGAUGUUGCACACCGCUACGGGGCUCUGACCUUUGUGGAUGAAGUUCACGCCGUCGGCCUGUACGGCACCCACGGAGCCGGCGUGGGCGAGAGAGACAAUGUCAUGCACAAAAUUGACAUUGUCUCAGGCACUCUGGGAAAAGCAUUCGGUUGUGUGGGAGGCUACAUCGCCAGCAGCGCCGCCCUGGUGGACACGGUGCGCUCCUUCGCGGCGGGCUUCAUCUUCACCACCGCCCUGCCUCCCAUGGUGCUAGCUGGGGCUCUGGAGUCAGUUCGGGUCCUGAAGAGCCCUGAAGGUCAGAUGCUCCGCCGCGCUCACCAGAGGAAUGUCAAGCACAUGCGGCAGCUGCUGAUGGACAAAGGCCUGCCGGUGGUCAACUGCCCCAGUCACAUCAUACCCAUACGGGUGGGGAACGCUGAGAUGAACACCAAGGUGUGCGACAUCAUGCUGGAGAGACACAACAUCUACGUCCAGGCCAUCAACUACCCCACCGUGCCUCGCGGCGAGGAGCUGCUGCGCCUAGCGCCCUCCCCUCACCACAAGCCUGCCAUGAUGGAGUACUUUGUGGAGAAACUGGUGGACGUGUGGCAGGAAGUGGGGCUGGAGCUCAGCACGCCGGCGACAGCCUCCUGCACCUUCUGCGACCGCCCGCUGCACUUUGACCUCAUGAGUGAGUGGGAGAAGUCCUACUUUGGCAACAUGGAACCCCAGUACAUCACUGUGCUCGCCUAAGAACAGGCUACAGCCUGUCUAUUGAAACACAUUAACCUUCAACUUGUAGAGAUAGAACUGCUCUGUACUCAGUGCUAUUUUAAAUUGUGUGAAACUGCGUCGAUCCUGCACACUGGGCACUUUCCUCGAGGGCAUGUAACAAGUGUGUGCUGUGGUUUGCAUUAGAAGUUCACCUCUGCUAUGGUGUGGAACCGCUCUGAUCUGGUACUUGCCUGAAACAGAGCUACACAACAUCAAGUAGGUGGCCAUAAAGUCAAUAACAAUAUCUAUUCUUCUAUUUCUCUGCUGAGACUGUAUGAGCUGCUGCAGUUGACAUUUAUUAUUAGAAAAAUAAACACAAUUAAAAUUUAUUUCUGUUCAUUAAAAAAAUAACCGCUAACAUUCACUAUGGAAAAAAGUUGGGUGGUUUGUCCACUGAAUCAUUGCCAUUUUAGUUCCUCUCUAUUUUCACUCAGGUGAUAGGCGCAUAUGAAAACUAGCUAGCUAGACUACAUUCCUGCUAGUUGACAUUGCAGGGACUGGCCACCUCCCGUUUGACCUUGGCCCUCAGCCUACGAAGGUCAACAUUAGUGACAUCCAUAACCAGUCCACACUCGAUCAGAGUCCACGCUGUGCUCAGCUGCUGCUCCCCGUACUGCUGCAGCGCCCCCCUCAGGAAGCACUCUGCCAGUCUCGCCCUCCCCAGACCCGCCUCCACGCACUGCAGGGUCCGCUCCCUGUG